AUGCAAGAUCUAGGCGAAGGAGACUCGCAAAGGCGAGCCUCAGAAUUGGAAAGACAGUUGAGAGAUUCUCAGCAACGUGAAGAAAAUUUCCAGAGACAGUUAAGAGAGAUGGCGCAGCGAGAAGGGAAUUUACAAAGGCAGUUUAGAGAGCAUCAGGAACGGGAACAAAACUCUCAAAGGCGGCUAACGUAGUUGCAGCAACGCGAAGAAAAUUUACAGAGGCAACUGAGGGAGACAAGACAGCAGUUGAGAAAUUGCCGAGGACAAGUUUCUGAACUACAGUUAAGUCUUUCAACAGCACAGGAAACAAUAAAUCAAUUGCGCAGCCAGGAAACACGUGACUGGGUUAUUCCUCGCGACGAAAUUCAAAUCACAGAGAAAUGCCUUGGGAGAGGAGGAUGGAGAAGUGUCAGUGAGGGAACGUAUUGUGUCUGUACUGUGGCAGUGAAACAAAUCCAUGAGUUGAUUCUUUCCCCUCAUAAAAAAAAUCUGUUUGAAAGAGAAAUGAAUAUCGCUUCUAAAUGCCGCCAUCCUCACUUACUACAGUUUAUCAGCGCCACAAAUGAUGAGGGAAACCCUCUGUUUGUGACCGAGCUGAUGGAGAAAAGUCUGCGCACUUUGUUAGAUCAGCGGCAACUCUCCGAGACAGAAAUAGCCGUCAUUUGUCUGGAUGUAGCUCUUGCUCUGAACUACCUUCAUCAGAAGAAACCAGAGCCUAUCAUUUGUAAAUGUUUUAGUUCAUUAGUCCUUUUG